ACCCCGCUGGCUUUGUCAUUCCUUCUCUGUCCGCACCUGUGUCUUCCGUCCGUGCAUCUCAGCCUCCUUUACAACAUGGCCCCCAAGAAACCUGAGCCAAAGAAGGAGGCCCCCAAACCUGCGGCCGCCCCUGCACCUGCUGCGCCAGAGCCCCCCAAAGAAGUUCCAUUUGACCCCAAAAGUGUCACAAUUGAGUUCAGCGCCGACCAGAUUGAAGAAUUCAAAGAAGCCUUUCAAUUGUUUGACCGUACCCCCGGAGGAGAACUGAAGAUCACAUAUGGGCAAGUCGGGGAUGUUCUGAGGGCUCUGGGACAGAACCCGACCAACGCAGAAGUUCUGAAGGUUUUGGGAAGACCUAAAGCCGAAGAGUUGAACACCAAACUCGUGGAUUUCGAGACCUUCCUUCCAAUGCUCCAGCACAUUUCGAAGAACAAGGACCAGGGCUCUUUUGAGGACUUUGUGGAGGGUCUCCGUGUCUUUGACAAGGAAAGCAACGGAACCGUGAUGGGAGCUGAAUUGCGUCACGUUCUUGCUACUUUGGGUGAGAAACUGCAGGAGAGCGAAGUAGAGCAGCUGCUGGCAGGACAAGAAGACACAAAUGGGUGCAUCAACUAUGAAGCAUUCAUCAAGCACAUCAUGUCUGGAUGAAGCCUGCACGGUUUAUCCAAACUUAUUGUACUUCUUCUGACCCAUUUAAUGAACCGCUCGGUCCGAUCCUCCUCUGGCCUGUGAUCUAAACUCAUCUCACCUGCGAAUAUCUGGAAUCCCUGGAAAUGGGUUCAUUUUCUCUCAAGAAAUGUGCAAUUGUAAAUUAUUUGGGAUUUUUUUUCCCCUGGUGAUUUUUUCACCAAAUAAAUUUAAACAUAAAAA